GAACGCUUCUAUAUACGGAAUCGGAACCUGAGUUGCUCGGCCGAGCAUUAAUAUAUAUAUAUAUAUAUAUAUAUAUAAAUAAUAUAUAUAUAUACACACACUUGACCAAUCGGAAUCGGAAUAUAGCUUAUCAGUCCAAAACAGAGUCCAGUUGGCACAGCUCGGUGGAAAUAAGGCAACAGUACAGUCGUACAGCUUCAAGUGAACACAAGUGGUAGAUUCUUCAGUUCCCGAAAUCCUCAAGUACCCGAAAUCCUUCAAAUCGAAAUAAUGGCAGCAAAAAGAAUGGAUUUAAAUAGACGCACCUUUUUGGUGUUGAGUGGCAGCUCAAAUCCAUUGGGCCAAUCCCUGGCAGUGGAGUUCUGCAGGCGUCUGGCCGCUGGAUCCCUUGCUUUGAUCUUGGAUGAGGAUCAGGAGCAGCUUCGGGAGCUGGAGAAUCAUCUUCAGAGCGAACUAAAGACGGAGAACGUUAUGGUGAUGACUGGAAAGUUGGAUCCGAGUCACUCGAAUGGUGUGCAGCUAAUGGAACAGGCAUUGAAGGAUCAUUUUAGGCCGGAAAAGGACAACCAACGCUUCGAGCGAUCCAUAAUCCUCCACAACGAGGGAAUGGCGGCCACGCAUGUGCUCUUGGAACCCCAGAGCGACGACGAUUGGAAGGCCUAUGUCCAGCAGCAACUCUAUGCACCGGUGGCCCUCAAUCAAACGUGGCUGGAAUCGGAGUACUUGGAGCAGGUGGAGAAACUGGCGGUGAACGUUACCUCCUCCCUGAUGGUUCGCCCAUUGGUCCAUGCCGGGCUGCUCUGCUCCUGCAAGCGGGCCAGGGACAUGUACUUCCGCGCCAUGGCCGCCGAGGAGUAUCGUUUCGGUGUCCAUGUGCUCAGCUUCUCACCCGGACUGAUGGCCACCCACGAAGGCCAAUGCGAUGUGAACGGCAAUCGGAUCACUCCCGCCGAUCUGGUCGCCUCGAAGAAGUUGCUCCAGCUGCCCAGGAUCCAGCCCUGCCAGGCCACCCUCAAGCUGAUCAACAUUCUGGAGGAGAUCUCCUUUGUCUCCGGUCACGAUGUCGACUACUACGACACCUUCGUUUUAUGAGUAGCACCGUGGUGGUGGGCUGCGUCCCUGAUGGACUCGGUUCUGUUCUUGGUUAACGAUUGGGAUGCUGUACAUGACUUGAUUGCCUUGGAAAUGAAUAAAAUCUGGCCAA